GUAUUUUAAAUAAUAUUUAUAUAUUUAUUUUUGUUUAUUUCUCUUUUUCUCUCUAUCAGGGAGAAAAAAAAAAUUGUUCAUCAAUGGCGAUGAGGAAGCUAUUAUUGACGAAGCGUCUCUUCAGCAUCUCGAAUCAAGCGUCGCAGAGCCUAACGAACUGCCGUAUCUCGUCAUCCUCGUUAUCCGUACGGACAAGAGUCCCCAAGGAAUCAGGAGAAGCCAGAAUCGCACCGGAGCCUGGAGACUCGUCGGCGAUCUCGCGGCGGUUCCUUCACAACGCCGCCGUGAUUCGGCCGGAGAUCAUGCAGAUGCCGCUGGGAGAGAGCCUGAUGGAGAAGCUCCGCGAGAUCGACGGGAGCAAGGACAGGAUCCGAUUAGACGGCAUCGCUCCGCCGAUGGCGACGGAGACGGAGACGACGCCGCCUGGUUUGACGGUGGAAGAUACGAAGAAGCUUCUGAGAGCCGCGCAGAUUGAGAUGGUGAAAACGAAGCUUAGAGAGACGGGGAAGAGCUGGAUGGCGUAUGAUGAGUUCGUUAGCGUUUGCGGAGAUGGAAUCGCGAAGAUGCUUGAUGAUUCAGCAAACGUCAUCGUUUUGGGAGAUUCCGUUUGUAUAAGACCAGAUCAGGUAACAAAAACCAUCGAAGGCUUGCUUCCAUUGCCCAAGGUUUGUUGCCCAAAUGACCCAAGAAGGAUCGAGUUUAAAGAGCUCGAAGCAGCCAAGGCAGCGAUCGAUGUGAAAGCACACUCUUUGGUGCGGAGAGAGCUCUGGGCUGGUCUGGGUUACUUGAUCCUGCAGACCGCGGGGUUCAUGAGGCUCACGUUUUGGGAACUCUCGUGGGAUGUGAUGGAACCAAUCUGUUUCUAUGUCACGUCUAUAUACUUUAUGGCUGGGUAUGGUUUCUUCCUCAGGACAUCCAAAGAGCCUUCCUUUGAAGGCUUUUACCAGAGCAGGUUCGAGGCCAAACAGAAGAAGCUGAUGAAUGUUCAUGAGUUUGAUGUUGAGAGGUAUGAUGAGCUCAAGAAGCUGUUUUGCCCUAAAGCUUCAGAUCGUGUUUCCAAGAUUCUUGGAACUAUCCAGAGUUAGAUUUUUUGAUUAGACGAGUCAAUGUUGUUGUGUCUGAUUUUUCCUAACUAGAGAAUUCUACCCGCCCAAAAGAAAAGAAAUGAAUAGGUAGGAAGUUCUCAAGUUUUCGGUUUUCCAAAGAAAAAAAUUGUUCGAAUUAUUGCCGGCUUGUGUAACAUCAGGGAAGAGUUGUGUUCUUCGUUUUCAAAGUUUUUCAUUUAUGAGAUUAAUCUAAAAUGUAAGAGAACCAUGUAAAUAUAAAAUAUGUAAAUGUUUGAAUUGUUAUUAUUC